GCAAGAUAUAAGCAAAACAUGCUUACUAAUUGGACAAAACCUUCGCAGCGACAAGACGCACGACGAGGCAAUACAGGUAGGUUGCAAAACAAAAGAUACUCAUUCCAUAAUUUUUUUUUAUUUUUCACAAAAUUUCCUUUUCUCUUCCACAGAUUUGAAAGAUACUUACAAACAGAAACAUAGGAAAGAAUGUCUCGUCCCGAGUACAUAGCGCCUCCGGAGGUGUUCUAUGACGCCUUGGAAGCUGGCAAGUAUGGUGGGAAUAGUCGUAUGAUCAAGAUUCAGACGCACAUGACAGAGCGAGCCUUGGAACUAGCGCGUGUGGAGCCCAACAGCGGGAAGUGCAUCUUGGACAUUGGUUGUGGCUCGGGAAUCAGCGGGGAGGUUUUGUCGGAGCAUGGGCACUACUGGGUCGGCCUAGACAUCUCACAGCACAUGCUGCUGGUCGCGCUAGAGCGGGAGUCUGAGGGGGAUCUCAUGCUCUCCGAUAUGGGCCAAGGCUUUAAAUUUAGACCAGGGAGUUUCGACGCUGCAGUGUCGAUUUCGGCGAUCCAGUGGCUCUGUAACGAAGACAGGAAGGUCGAAACGGGACCGGGGGGUGUGUGCGUGGGAAGGCCGUUUAACAGGUAACUAUAUUGAUGGGUUGUGAUUUAGAUUCGUUGUACUUGUUGCAGUAAAGAGAGUUCAAAUUCAUAGGAAAGUAGAGCUAGUUCAUGACCACAGAUGAAACAUUUUAAGUCCACUGCUUGACUUUGCUUUCCGUACAAACUACACAGAUGUGUCCGGUUCUUCCAGUCUCUGUUUAACUGUCUCGCGCGUGGCGCUCGAGCCGUGUUGCAGUUUUAUCCUGAUGGCGCCGAUCAGAUCGAGAUGCUAACUUCAGCAGCGAUGAAGGCCGGUUUUACGGGUGGCGUAGUCAUCGAUUAUCCCCACUCAACGAAAGCCAAGAAGCACUAUCUUGUCCUGAACGCAGGUGGCGUUGUGGGCGCUACUUCAUCAAGCACUGCAACACCAUCUUGGUCAAGUGCCGGUGGCCUACAGGGAGAAGAUGGCAUGGACGUCGACGAAGACGGCAGCGAAAAUGACAGCGACGAAGACGGCAACGGAAGGACUUCAGGGAAGCAAGAGACGGUGAAGGUGGAGCAACGUGAAAGGCAAAAACGAAAGAAGACGAAGACAGGAAAACUCAGUUCUGUGAAAACGAAGGAUUGGAUCGUCAAAAAGAAGGAGCAAAUGCGGUCAAGGGGUCAAGUCGUGAAACAAGACUCGAAAUUCACAGGCAGGAAACGAAAACCUAAGUUCUGACAUUCACAUUGAUUUCCCUACAUGCUUGGCACAGGAAGCAGGCCUCCCAUGUCCCGCUGCCCAAAAUGAACAAGGACACUUUUCUAUUUAUUCUAUCAACUUACACGAACAGCUCUUCUUGAAUCUAUCAAUUGUGAAUAGAAAACUUUCGGCCACAGGUGUACUGGGGUCACGAGAUAUCUUGCAUGAUUCAUCUAAUACACGACCUGCUUGCGUGCUGGGUGCACGGCCAGAGAUAACUUCUCGAGGUCGAGGGAUCUAUCUUACUCUUAUAAAUAUAUUUUCCUGGGUUUCUUGAUCCAUUUCCAACACGAGAUUCAAU